AUCUUUAGUAGAACCAAAAAGGGUGAAAGAAGAUUAGAACCGCUGGCCUCAUCCGAAGGUGAUUUACACUCACUCCACAAACCAGUAACACAAAUGAGCCCCUCCUCCCAUUCCUAAUAAUGUUCUAGAAUCAUCCUUUCCACUUCUUCUGGUUGUUGCCGCCGCUAUUUGGCUGCUUCCGCCACCGAGAUUCCUCCACCAUCAAUCCAAUCCAUGGUAAAUUCCUAAAAUCAUCACUCUUGAAAAAAUAUUCAAGAAUUAUGGGUACGGAUUCCAAUGGAUGGAACCGUGCUCGAGGGUUAGCAUUCAAAGCUCUCCUUUUCAUCGGUGGUGCUCUUCUCGUUAAACGUCUCCGUAAGUCCACCACUCGUUGGGACCAUGCUCGCUUGGUCGCUCACUCCCUCACCGGCGAAAAGUAUUCCAAGGACCAAGCUUCUAGAGACCCUGACAACUAUUUCAAUAUUAGAAUGCGUACUUGUCCAGCAGCAGAGUUAGUAGAUGGUUCAGAAGUUCUAUAUUUUGAGCAGGCUUUUUGGAGGAGUCCACAAAAACCCUUUCGCCAGAGGUUGUUAAUGGCAAAACCUUGUCUGAAAGAGUUGACAUGUGAUGUUGAGUUAAGUACAUAUGCCAUUAGAGAAAUGGAGGAAUACAACAAUUUCUGUGAUCGGCCAAAGGAUCUGCGCCCGCAACCAGAAGAAGUCAUUGGGGUAAGCAUUAAGUCAUAUUCAUUGUUCAUAUUGUGGUCUUAG